AUGAGCGAUGGUGGAUGGAUCUCGCUCAGCCCCACAGAGUUUGCCCAGCUCCAGCAGUACACGGACUACUCCACCAAGAAGCUCAAGGAUGUCCUGGAAGAAUUCCAUGGUGAUGGCGUCCUCUCGAGGUACAACCCUGAACAGCCCAUUGACUAUGAGGGCUUUCGCCUCUUCAUGAAGACCUACCUGGAGGCAGAUGUGCCCGAAGAGCUUUGCCAACACCUCUUCACCUCCUUCAAGCGUAAGAUAUGCCAAGCCUCCCCUGAGACCCAGCGCCAGAGCCCCAGCGUCUCACAGCUCAACACCCUUGAGCCCAAGUCUCUUGAUGUUGGCAUCUCCAUCCAGACCGAGGUGGCCUGCACCCGUGUCACAGGGAUCAAUGGGAAAACACUCCUAAGUGCCCUGGGACGACGUACUCCUGAGCCCAAGAGCUGCCACAGCAACGUGGCUGAGCCACAGCCAGCGUCCCUCACCCCAGCAUCAAUCCCCAACGCCUCCCCCAGCUGGUCCAGGUCAUCCUCCCAGAAGUCCACCACUGGCACCCCUUCUGCUCACAACUCCUCGGGCUCUUCGAAGAUCUCCUCCGGGUCCCUGCUAAGCCCUCAGUCGCCAGGCACAAGGAGUGUGGAGAAGAGGUUACCCUUCAGCCUGCGGAAGAGCCACAGCUCCUUGAAAGCCGCCCUGCCGCCGACCCCCACCCCCCUGCCCCCGGUGGUCCACCUGAAGGACAUCGUCUGCUACCUGUCCCUGCUGGAGAGGGGACGGGCAGAGGACAAGCUGGAGUUUAUGUUUCGCCUCUACGACACUGAUGGAAAUGGCCUCCUGGACAGCUCGGAGCUGGAUCGGAUCAUCAACCAGAUGGUGCACGUGGCUGAGUACCUGGAGUGGGACUCCACCGAGCUGAGGCCCAUCUUGAAGGCAAUGAUGGAGGAGAUCGACUACGACCAUGAUGGGACCGUGACACUGGAGGAGUGGAUCCGGGGCGGCAUGACCACCAUCCCCUUGCUGGUCCUCCUGGGGAUGGAGACGAACGUGAAGGAUGAUGGGCAGCAUGCCUGGAGGCUGAAGCACUUCAAGAAACCCGCCUACUGCAACUUCUGCCGCACCAUGCUGCUGGGGGUCCGCAAGCAGGGCCUCUGCUGCUCCUUCUGCAAGUACACUGUCCACGAGAGGUGUGUAUCCAAAGAUAUCGCCUCCUGCAUCAGCACCUAUGUGAAGUCCAAGAGAAACACGAGUGUGAUGCAACACACCUGGAUCGAGGGCAAUUCCCCUGUCAAGUGCGACAGAUGCCACAAGAGCAUCAAAUGCUACCAGGGCAUCACUGGCCUGCACUGCGUCUGGUGCCAAGUCACCCUCCACAACAAAUGUGCCUCCCAUGUGAAGCCGGAGUGCGAUGGGGGCCUGCUGCGGGAUCACAUCCUGCUGCCUUCCUACAUCUGCCCCGUUGUCCUGGACAGGCAGUCCCACUGCCGGAGAUCUGAGAGCGACUCCCCUGCCAGCACCAGCCCCGAGGACAACCAGGGCUUCAAGUUCAACUCCACCACAGUGGAUGGGCAAGGACUGCAGAUCAGCCCCCGGCCUGGGACACACCCCCUCCUGGUGCUUGUGAACCCCAAGAGUGGAGGAAGGCAAGGGGAGCGGGUCCUUCGGAAAUUUCACUACCUGCUCAACCCACGCCAAGUGUACAACCUGGACCGUGGCGGGCCCGCACCGGGGCUGAGUUUCUUUCGGGACGCUCCGGAUUUCCGUGUCCUGGCCUGCGGCGGAGACGGCACGGUGGGCUGGAUCCUGGACUGCAUAGACAAGGCGAACUUGGUGAAGCACCCGCCGGUGGCCAUCCUGCCCCUGGGAACGGGCAAUGACCUGGCCCGAUGCCUGCGCUGGGGAGGAGGCUAUGAAGGAGGCAACCUGAUGAAGGUCCUGAAGGACAUCGAGCACAGCACGGAGGUGAUGCUGGACCGCUGGCAGAUAGAUGUCAUUCCCAGCGACAGAGGUGCCAACGGAGACCCUGUCCCAUCCACCAUCAUCAACAACUACUUCUCCAUCGGGGUUGACGCCUCCAUCGCCCACCGCUUCCACGUCAUGCGAGAAAAGCACCCUGAGAAAUUCAACAGCAGGAUGAAGAACAAGCUGUGGUACUUCGAAUUCGGGACAUCGGAGACCUUUGCGGCCACCUGCAAGAAGCUCCACGACUAUGUCGAGGUGGAGUGCGAUGGGACCCUGCUAGAUCUGAGCAACGCAUCCCUGGAGGGCAUUGCCGUCCUCAACAUCCCCAGCAUGUACGGUGGCUCCAACCUCUGGGGCGAGACGAAGAAGCAGCGUGGUUACAACCGGCUGGGCAAGAAAGCGCCGGAGAAGCUGCACACCACAGUGGUCACCGAUGCCAAGGAGCUCAAGUUCUGUGUGCAGGACCUCAGCGACCACCUCCUGGAGGUGGUAGGGCUGGAGGGUGCGAUGGAGAUGGGGCAGAUCUACACGGGGCUGAAGAGUGCUGGGAAGAGGCUGGCCCAGUGUUCAUCUGUCACCAUCAGGACAUCCAAGCUGCUGCCCAUGCAGGUGGACGGGGAGCCCUGGAUGCAGCCGUCCUGCACCGUCAAAAUUACACAUAAAAGCCAAGUGCCGAUGCUGCUGGGCCCCCCCCAGAAGAGCAGCUUCUUUUUCCUGAAGAGAAGAAACCGAACUCGAGAUUAA